UGGAGGCCAAGUUAUGAGACUGGGUCUCGACAUGGAACGAGUUGGCCUGGCAUGCCGAAUAUGUUUCUGCUUGGUGGACACGAUGGGAGAAGGGGCGUGGCUCCUUUGGCGGCGUCUCUGUCAGCAUUACGUACGGAGAAGCCGUCAUCGUCCCACCUUCAGACGACCUCUGCGGGAACGCGUUCCGUCUUGAACAGGCCCGUCCUCCGAAGAGAAACGUCACCAACGGUCCCUCAAGCACAAAAGAUUAAGGAGGGAAUCCAACCUCGAGUCGCGCCCGUUGUCAGUGCGAAGGCGAAACAAGAGGCGCUGGUAGUCAUCGUGGAAGGAGACUUGGACACGGAAGAUGAGAAAUUAAGGGCAGAGGACGAGCGUCAGGCAAGGUUACGUGCCCAGAAAGGAGGUCUGGAUGAGAAUCAAGAUAAGGAUAAGGAUGAGAGAGAAGAGGAAGAGCACCUGAAGAAGAAGAAACGGUACACGAUUCCGAUUGAGGAAGGGAUCGACAUUGAGAAGAUGGUGGAUAAGAUGCUUGAGAGUCAUCGAGAUUUGGUAACACUCGAGGAAUUUUUGGCAGUCUCGCCAAAGAUUCGGGAAGAGCUUAAGCAAAGACUAACUCGACGAAAAGUGAUGACGGUUAAACUAGGGGAGGUAAUCCCACCUGAGGCCAAUUGGACUCCUGCGGGAGUAAAGAUGGAUUGGAGGUGUGUAGCGACUGGGCACGUAAUGGUCAAGAUAGGUGUUUCACAACAUCUUGCGCUCGUUGACACAGUAGUGGAGAUGAAUAUAUUAAGAGAAAAAGUGGGGCUAGAGUUAAGAAUUGAGAUUGAUCGCAUUGAUAAUGGAUUUCUGGUUGGCGCCGGAGGGUCGACACCCUUCUGUGGAACUGCCAGUAACGUCAGUAUACAGAUCGGCAAGGGUUCUCGGGCUAGACUGCGCCCGUCGUUUUAUGUGCGAAUGCACACAAGCUCGUCGCUGCGAAAAUCGUUCAUCGAACGGUCUGUCUUGUAGUCCGCCGGUAUCCGCACUUCAGGUGUCGACCAGAGAUAGAAAGUCAAGACGACGACAGAGGACUUGUAGAGGGAGGAGCGGAUGAGCGGUCGCAGAAUAAAGCGUGACAGUGUGU